AGGUACCAAAGGCAAGCAAAUGCUUCGUAGCGGCUUGCUUUUCGCCUUCUUCGGCCUGGUGGCCGGACAGGCGAAAUACUGUGAACCGGUUGCCCCCGGAUCUGUACACGAUUUCAGCGCCACGCUUCUUGACGGUAGUGACACCGUGAACUUUGCUGACUACGCCGGCAAACAAGAACCAGGAGCAAACGCAACUGAAAUCUACAAUGCUUUGGCUAAUGUGAGGCCUGGUGGGGGCUUUGUCCCCAAUUUCCAGCUCUUCGCCAAAAGCGAAGUGAAUGGACCCAACGCUUCUGCCCUCUACAAAUAUCUCAAGGGAGAAUGCCAGUCGCCUCUGGAACCUUUCCUCGAUAAGCUCAGAUUGGCGUAUGACUCCCUCAACAGUAGGGAUAUCCGCUGGAAUUUCGAGAAGUUCCUCAUCGAUCGGGAUGGCAAACCGUAUGCUCGGUUCGCCCCGUACACAAUCCCAGAAGACAUCCCACCAUUCAUAGAGGAAUUGCUCGCUCUCGACUCCGAGACAAAACGCCAUCAAUCUCCUCUUCUCAGCUUGUAAAGCUAUUUGACGCAAAACGGAGUCUGAAAAUUUAAUUUUGAAUCAGUGCGUAGAGGUUGAGCAUUUUUUCCGGGUGAGGAAUGAAAAGCGCUGGUUGUUACCGAUGAAUGAAUGGAUCUCCUUAAACCGCGUGGUUGGAGAUCCUGGAUGUUUCGGAAAACAUCGUUACCUGUAGUGUUCAUGCAGCACGUUCACUCUACAGGCAGCGCUUUCUGUUGUAGGUAAUGCGAGCACUGUUUCAUUCUUCCUUGGAAAAGUUGCGAAAUACAUUUCAACAUGCAUA